UUUGUUUGUGUGUUUCAGGUUAUUUUCAUUUUGCAGAGCAGGUUGCAUUUACAAAAAUAGACACAAUAGCCGUGGGAUUAGAAGACGGUUUAAAAUACAUUAUUACCGUCGGGCACGUCUAUUUUUUAAAAAAGCCUCAGCCUCACUUCUCAAUUUAAGACUGGACACAAUGGGGAAAAAGCAAAACAAGAAGAAAGUGGAGGAAGUUCUGGAGGAGGAGGAGGAGGAGUACGUGGUGGAGAAAGUGCUGGACAGGCGUAUAGUGAAGGGAAAGGUGGAGUACCUGCUCAAAUGGAAAGGAUUCUCAGAUGAUGACAACACAUGGGAGCCAGAGGAAAACCUCGACUGUCCCGACCUCAUCGCGGAAUUCUUACAGUCCCAGAAAAUAGCGCACGAUGGUGUAGAUAAAACGGAGGGACCAAAGCGGAAAGCGGAGUCUGAUACCGAAACAGAGGAGAAUAAAAACAAGAAGAAGAGAGAGGAGCAAGAGAAGCCGAGAGGUUUUGCCAGAGGACUAGAGCCAGAGCGUAUUAUUGGGGCAACGGAUUCAAGUGGAGAACUCAUGUUCCUCAUGAAGUGGAAAAAUUCCGACGAGGCUGAUUUGGUGCCGGCGAAGGAGGCGAACGUGAAAUGUCCCCAGGUGGUUAUCUCGUUUUAUGAGGAGCGUCUAACGUGGCACUCAUACCCAACCGAGGAAGAGGAGAAGAAGGAGGAGAAGUAACCGAGCGAGAGGGGCUCACGCACCUCCCCUUUAAUACUUUACACGAUGAGAAAAUAAUCCCGACAUUUCCAGAAGUGGUUUUCAGUUGUACAGAUGUAAAGUUCUCUGGGCGUUACUUCUCAACUCCUUUCGGACAUAUAUCAUUGUCUCUGAUAGGGAGGGGCGGGCGGGGCAGGUUGUGUUUUUAAAUCCAGCAUGACUUUUUUUAUUUCAUUGUUUUUUUUCUCUCUCCGGGUUUUGGGUAACAACUGAUUGUAGAAGCCAGUGAAUUGUAGAUUAGUUGUCUUGGCUUAUAGCGUUGGGUUGGAGCCCCUGAAGGCAAAAGGAGUCUGUGGGUGCUGACAUAAGUUGCAGCCUCUUAGUACAGCGUUUGGCGGUUUUAGCUCAGAUUGAUCCCCACCCCUCGUUUCCCUUUGCACGUUCUUAGAUAUGAAGAGCAGCUUGGAUAGACUUGCAUCUUGCAAGAGGUGGCAACUUUAUAAACCCCUAUCUAGAUGUCUGAUGGUUUCACAGCGAGUGGGACUGGGAGAGUGGUGGAAUCUGGUGGCUCUUACCCGUGAGUAUCUCACCAUUGGGAGCCUGCUCUGCCCCCUCCCUGCCUUCUCUCUGCGACACCCUGGUGCUCUCCACAGCGAGGCUGAGGAAUGCCUGAUAACAAGGGACUGCUUGAUAUUUGAACCAACCUGUGGGAGGUUUGGUGACGUACACUGCCUCCCUUCCCCACACUUCCUCUUCGUUCUUCAGUAGUGUUUCCGUUGUAGUGAAAGACUCUCCUUUUGUUGGUCCUGUGCUGGCUGCUUUGCAUUGAAGCAAUAAAGCACAGUUAGUGGGAUAGGGCUUCGUUCUUUACAGUUGAAUACUGAGGCUGCUAAUGGCCUUCUGUCUGUUACUUGAUGUAUAGUUUGCAUCAGUGCCACUCUGUUCUUGCUCUCAGCCCUUUGUUGGACUUGCAUUAACAUCUGCUAAUUUUUUGUAGUAAGUGGGUUUCUGCUACUCAGUGAUCAGGUCUGUGAGGGGUGUGGAGGUGAAGUGCAGACAGAACAGAGAAAGAUGUACCAGUCUGCGGCUCUGUGACAGAGGCGUGAUCAGUCAGUGUUUUUGGGUAUGGGCAACUUUCUUUUUCCUCAGUCAGAGGUUUACACCUGGAACACCGGUCUCGUAUGUUCCUCUCUCUGUCUCUCCAGUAUUUACUGCUCAUUAUGGUUACACUGGGGCAGAUUGUGACUUUAAGUGUUCGCCAAGGUCUCAGUCUCACCAUCAGUGAAGCGGGAACUGUUGAGGAUGUGCUCUGACGAUCCGUUGUUUAUUUUCGUGCAGCAGCACAGAGCGAGGCGCGGUGCAGCCAGACCCUGUUGACUCCAUCGGCAGAAGGAAGUAACAAUGGAGUAGGUAUUAGGAGUUGCUCCGCACGCUCUGGGAAUGACAGCUGCCUCCCUUGGGGACAAGGGCAUCUCAUUCGGUCCCAGGAUACCACUGCAUUAUCAACAGUUGUUUCUGGUUGGUGAAACUCCUUCCCAUUCUCUUCAGUUUAUUCGUUAAAAAUGCCUGGGAGGAGGAGCGGUGGGGAGUUGUGAAGAUACCAAACACAGCACCAGCUUACUGAUCUGCAUCCCUGCCUGCUGCACACUCCCUCCCCUGGGCAACUGAUCUUGGGUUUGUAGCAGUCAGUAGAUGACAAUAAGGGGGGUGGUGGAGAAGUCUAGCUUGCUAAUAACAGCCCACCCAGGCUAGUAGCAGAGUCGCAGAUCAAGCUGAAAGGAGUGCGCUUGUUCUCUCUGUAGGGUUGUAUUAUUCUGCUGUGAACAGUAGCCACACAAGAGAAGGGUGCGCCUAGGUUUUGUAUUUUACUUUCUCGGGGAGAGGAGACCAGGGGCAAAAGAGAGAAUGCAACAUCUGAUACAAUCCAUGUACUGUAGGCUCGGGAGAGGGAGGAGACUCCCCUUCCGGCAAGGUAUUUCAGAAAUCCAUUGUUCUCAUGCAGCAGACCUAUUGAUUUUACAGUGUUCUUGUGUUAUUGGAGUAAGACUAAUUAUGUGUUCAUUAGUACUUUUUAAACAGGAUGGGGAGGGAGGGUGGGG